AUGCAGCCUGAAAAACAACUCAAUAUUAUUAAUUCAUCAUCAUCAUCAUCUGAUUUACAAAAUCUUCCUUCAUCUUCCGAUAUUCAAGGCAUAUCGGAUGUUAGUUCCACCGUUCCAACACCAUCUCUUGCAACCAAUAGUUCUCUGAAAGACGUUUUUCAAGCAACAUCAGUUCCAGAUGAUACCAGUAAAUCUUGUAAUGAUCUUCCUGUUCAGCCAAAACUAGCGGCCUAUCCAAUUAAUCAUCAAAACCGAUCAUUUCAAUCAAGUUGGUAUAAAGAACGACCGUGUCAUGACAUUCAAAAUGAAUUAAUUCAUCUUAUGGGUAAUCAAAUUCGUGAAGAAAUUUCAUUGAUGGUAAAGAAUUGUAACUACGCAUUGAUGGCUGAUGAGUGUCGAGACAUUAGUGGUACACAGAAAUUAUCUAUCGUUAUUCGAUUUGUUCCAGAUCUUAAUAAUAGUUCAAUUGAUUUUUCAAGUUUUGUCAAAGAAUAUUUUCUUGGAUUUGUUCCAUUAGAAGAAUUUGAUGCAAUAACAUUAGCGGAAAAUAUAGUUGAAUUUUUGAAAAAUUUAAAUAUUCCAUUAGAAUCUUGUAUUUGUUUAUGUUUUGAUGGUGCAGCGGUUAUGUCGGAUCAACAAGCAGGUGUUCAUGUUUUAUUGAAAAAGUAUAUGCCAAAGAGCAUAUAUAUACAUUGCUCAGCUCACCGUCUUAAUCUUGUCAUUAGUGAUACAUGCAAGGUGGUGUUUUAUAUAUGGGAUUAUUUUUCGAUUAUUGGAAGUAUUCAUUCAUUUUUUACUGACUCUGGAGUGGCGAAUAAAUAUUUCAAACAAGCACAAAAACAACUAGAUUUAGUCCAAUCUUCGAGAUUAAAAUUAUGGGCAGAGACCCUGUGGGAUUCCAGAUGGAAGGCUAUUGAUGCUGUUAUUGUUAAUUAUCCUGCAAUAAUUAAAGCUCUUGAUGAUAUUAGUGAAGAAGGUAGUCGUUCAAGAUCAAUAAAUGCAGCUGGACUUUUAAUGCAUUUGAAAAAGUCAAUAUUUAUUAUUACUUCAUUUAUUCUUCAUCAGUUAUUUGGUCUAAUAAAAGUUUUAAGUGAUCAUUUAAAAAAUCCAGCUUUAGAUUAUGUACGUGGUGAAGAACUUGUCAUAUCAAUUAUUCAACAGCUAACUAAUCUUCGUAAUGAACAAUCAUUCAAUCAAAUUUAUGAUAAAGCAAAAAGCUUAUGUGAAGUAAAUGAAAUUGAUUUGGUACAACAAUAUCAUAUACAUCGUAAAACAAAAAUUCCAAGUAGAUUUAAUGAUUGUUUUAUUAAUUCAACAGUUGGACAACGUGAAACAUUAUCUACAUCAACAGAUUUUAUGAAUCAAAUUUAUUUUCCUUUAAUUGAUUCUAUGUUAGUUGAAUUAAAUGAUAAAUUUUCAUUAAAAACAUUGUCAUUUAUGAAGAGUAUUGCUACAGUUUAUCCCGAGAGUAAAAACUUUUUAAGUAUCAAUGAUGUUGAUGAAUUUAGUCGCCAUAUUGAUGUUGAUUCAAACGCUUUAAAAAAUGAAUUUAUUGUUAUAAAAACUAUGCUCAUGUCUAAAACAAUCAAUAAUGUUAUUCAGUUCUUGAAUGAAUUAAUUCCAUUCUCAACUGCAUUUCCACAAACAUUACGGAUGAUCAAAAGUGCAAUUACAAUGCCAAUUUCACAAGUCACUUGUGAAAGAUCGUUCUCGAAGAUGAAGAUAAUCAAGAACUAUCUCCGCAAUUCAAUGUCUGAUAAACGCUCAAGUGACUUGACAGUCAUGGCUGUUGAACGUAAUAUUGCUAUAGAUUAUGAACGAAUAAUAGAUAAAAUGAUUUCGACGAUACAAAAUUAUACAAUUCAAAUCAAUACAACACAAUAA